AUGCGUACAAGCGUGAAGCGUCAGAGCGAAUUUCAUUUUGCUGCUCGUUCUAAGCGCAAAAGGAAUUUGCUCAUGUUUUCGAGUAGAGAUGGAAAGAGCACAGGAAAAAAACUUUUCGCUCGUGUUGAUGGAAAUUUCAUUAUUGCGAAAGUGGAUUUGUGUGAAAUGGCUGCGCUAGGGAGAAUAAAUGCGCACUGUGGAAAUUUGAUUCCCGAACAAAGUUUGGCGGUUAAGAAGUACACAAAUGGACUUGGAGUUGUGAACAACUACAAAAGUCAACACGACAUACGAGCAACCUGA